UUUGCAGGUUGCUUUCUCAUUCCCUAUUUGAUUUGUUUGGUCGUGGCUGGUGUACCCGUUUUAGUGAUGGAGAUUGGUCUGGGACAAUACAUGAGUCAGGGUGGAAUCACGGCUUGGAAAAUCUGUCCAAUUUUCCAGGGUGAGAACAAUGCAAAUUAAAUCUCGUGAACGAAAAGAUUUGCUCGGAUAACGAAAAGUAAAAAGUAUCUUGAGUUCUUUUUUUUUUUUUUAACAAACCAAGCCGAAAAUUAUUCCCUGGGAAUAAUUUAUCUUAAAUAUUUUUACAAAUAUUCGCUAACCGAGCCUUUAAUGGCUUGUUCACAUGCCAAGCACUUCAAUGUAAGGCUAGCUGUCCUCUAAUAUCACCUGGAUGGAUCAGAUUGACUAUGCUUAGACAAGAACAAUUCAGUAGUGGUGGUCUUUAAACAGAAUUGCAAAUUCGUCUUUACGUUUUUGUGUGCCUCCUUUUCUAAAUUUUUUUUAAUUAUGUCGACAUUGGUUGGAGGAACAAGGACAAUGCUGUGCUCGAGAACAAUUUAAAUUUUCUAUAAAACAAGCUGCUAAAAUUAUAUUAAUACCGUUCUUUCCUUUCAUCCCGGCUACCGAUGAGCUCGAAGCUUUAGACUGUCUUUACCAGUCCAGCACAAGGUUUACCGCUACUGUUAUGAGAUCUCUACCCACGGUACCAAUCACAAUCAGUUAAAGAUUAUUAAUCAAUUUAGCUUUUAGGUUUAACAAUCUUUUGAUGGCUUUUUAUCGUUUGUUUUGUCAUUUUUUUAUUGUUAAUGUUUAAAGCCGUGACUGUAAAAAAGAUUGAAUUGUUAUUUGUUACCAUCGUUGAUUCUGUCUUAUUUUGAAUUGUAAGAUUUUCCAGGACCUCUUUGAAAAUCACAUUAACGAAUUAGCCUCUUGGUUAAACAUUAAUUAACAUUAAUGAAUUAUUAUUACUAUUAUUAUAAUUAUGAUUUUUAUUACCAUUAGGAACACAUUUAUAUAGUUAUGAGAGUUUGGUACUGACAUACCCGCACAUGUUACCGUGGUUAUACUCUUAACAAACGCACUACUUAACCAUACUAUAUGCUACCUUUUGAUUUUUGAAUUGUUAUAGUUAUAUCAACAAACACGUCAAAUUAACUUACUAAUUAUAAAGUUUUUUUUUUCUCUUAUCAGGAAUCGGCUAUGCCGGUAUACUUGUGAUGCAGUACAUCAACAUUUACUACACCGUGAUUCUUGGCUGGGCUUUAUUUUACAUGUUUGCUUCAUUCCAGUCGACUCUUCCAUGGUCUCGAUGUGGUAAUGAGUGGAACACGCCAAACUGUGUGGAUUACACUAGUGAAAGUCAACCCGCAACUGAAAUAAAUGACACCAUUAAGAACCUCACCAUUCUUGCCAACCAAACCAUUGCAAAUGGUUCAAAAACAAUAUCAGCAAGCCAGGAAUACUGGGAGUAAGCGAAGUCAAUUAUUAAACUGUUUGUAAUGACAAAGUAUGGCUGGUGCCACAUAUAUAUAAAGUUUGUAGUAUUAGGAGUCAAACAUUUCUUUCUUGACAUAUACAGAUGUCUAUCAAGUUCUUGUCAUGUUGUUGACUCCGUUUUGAGUACUUCUGAUUAACGUUCGAUUUUCAGCAGACCAUUUGUGACAGGGAAAACCUGCAAUUAGCAUUAUUUAAUUUAUUUAUUGUGAUUUGUUUUACCUGACCAAGAAAGCUGUCAUUCAGGGUAUCUCUCUCCAGCUAGUCGAUUUCCGAACCUGCUCUCAGAGGCUUGUUAGCUGCGCCGGUAUCGCAGAGGUCAAAGGUUCGAAUCCUGUACAAGCGUGAAUCCUUCCAGGUUUUUUUUUCGAAACUGCAAAAAUUAUUUUAAAUCUUUUCUUUCUCUCAGGAACAGAGUGUUACGCGUUUCUAAUGGUUUAGACGAACCAGGACCAGUGAACUGGGAUCUAGCCUUAUGCCUGUUGUUGGCCUGGAUUAUCUGCUAUCUAUGCGUUUGUAAAGGGGUCAAGUCAAGUGGAAAGGUGAGCAAGCAGUCACAAGGCUGCAAACUUGCUGCCCGGUGGAUGGAAUAAGAAUGCAAUGGACCCCUCUUUGGUUUUCAUUUCAACGCAACAUUACUGAUGUUUCAACGUACGGUUUCUGCAAGUGCAUUCUCCUGUUUUUCUGAACUAAAGUACUAUGUCUCUGUGUUUGUCAAUAUUUUUUCAAAAAUGGUCAUAUUUGCGAACCGCUGACUUCAAACCGAGGGUAGUCCGACUGAGGGGGUGCGGGAGGCACAAGGUUGAAUUUGCACGUUUGUAAGUAACAUCUAUAACAUUAAAGAACUGAAAUUUUCUUAUGAGGAUACAUGACAAGGUUUUAACAGUAAUAUAGGACUUUGGAAUUCUCAUAAGUUGCCAGAAAGUUGCUCCAAAUAGCAAAAGUUGCAAAACGUUGCUAAGCAACUUCUGACUGAGGUCGACUCCAGGACUUUAAGACUCUUGAGGUUGGCCUUGCCGUUGCCUUUUUUUCUCGUAGACAAGAAUCUCACUCUUAGUUAAUGACCUCGUUCUGUUUUGCAGGUUGUGUACUUUACUGCAACAGCUCCAUAUGUUUUACUGACAAUAAUCUUGAUCCGAGGCGUUACCCUGCCAGGAGCUGGUGAGGGAAUAAAGUUUUAUCUCACACCUGACCUUUCAAGGCUCAAGGAUGGCCAGGUAACUACCUUCAAUGUUAUUGGUUUGAACCGAUUGAAUGAGCAUUUCGUUUUCUUCAAUGUGAUCGUUUGCAUCUUGGGGCUCCAGAAUAGACCUUUUUAGCUUGCAUGUUUUGUUUUCCCAUUUCAGACAACAUAAUGGUACCCCAGAGAACUGUUUCUUUCAAAUGUCGUCAUAUGCACGUGCAUGCACGUGCAUAUGUAUGCGUAAUCAAUGAAAAGACAAAAGGAAAAUUCCCUGGAGAGCACCACGCGGUCUGAAUUGGGAAAACAAAACAUGCAAGUUAAAAAGGUCUAUUAUGGCUAUGAACUAUGAGUUUUAGAAAAAAAUCGGAAUUAGCCAUCGUAAGUUGAAAGAUGUCGACGAGAUCCCUCAUAUGUAACGAGAAGGCGUUACCAUCCUUUUAGAUAAGAAAGAGAAACGCAAAUUCUCUACUUAUGUAUAAGCCAUAAAACGUGUUUGGGGGCACCUAUUGCUAUGAUGGUACUAAAAUGGGCAAGGCCAAGAAUGCUGCUUGUUCGCUUCUGUUACCCCCGAUCGCCAAUCUUAACCUUUUAAAGAUGACUUUUCUACUAGGUUUCUCUCAAUGUUUUCCCUUUAAGUGAGACUCGCGAGUUUGACGAAUAUAGCACUUUUGUAACCUGCUUGCUUGUCAGGUCUGGAUUGAUGCUGGUACUCAAGUAUUUUUCUCGUAUUCCAUUGGAAUGGGAAGCAUGACAGCAUUAGGAAGCUACAACAAGUUCAAGAACAACUUCUACAGGUACACAAGUACUUCGUAACAAUAAAGCAUACGCACGAGUACUACUUUUACUUUUUUCGGGUUAAUUUGCCAUAGCCCCAUUCGAUAUAUUAAAAUUCUAACAUGACUCCGAGGCUUUCUGGUCAUUUUUCUGUAUUUGGUUUGGUUUUCUUUGUGCUCAAGUUUCUUCUAGGAAUUGUGAGACAAACGAGUCGAGACGACGGAGUCAUCUCCAUUCUAUGUUUCACUCGUUUCACUGUUAAGAUGAACUCAACAAAUUGGCCUGCUCCCAAUGUAUGAGUUCUCAUAACUCAGUUGGUAGAGCACUGCAGCGCUAACGCAGCGGCCACGAGUUCGAAUCCCGCUGAACCUUCAGUGAAUCUAAACAACCGUGUUUCCCCCGGCGCUGUACCAUAGGGGAAGAUCAAAGAAAACAAACUUGUUAACUUAGGGUCUGUUUUCAUGAAGGUGCCUGACCUCAGAUAGGUGAGGUAACGUGUGGCGGGUCAUCUCACCUAUCAUGUAAACGUGAUCAAAUUAAAAUGAGAGAUUAUAUGGACAGGCGGGUUACCCCACCUAAGCGGGUUACCUCACCUACCUAGGGUCCCCCACCUCCAUGUAAACAAGCCCUCAGAGGUCCUUUUCGGGUAAGUCUGGUUGGAAGCAUGUUUUUCGUUUAUUUCCGUUAAAUAUCUAGCCAAGAUUUCAUUUAAUCAAAAAAUGACUCCAUUAAGUUGGAGGUCCUUGGUUUAAUCGUUUUUGCAGAAAUUUAAGACGAUUUUUCGUUUUUUUUUUAAUUUACAAAAAAUUAAGGGUGGACGUUUAAAAUGUUGGAAAAGUAAAAGAUAUUGGAGUUUAGGGUUGUUAAAAAUUAAAAUAAGAUGUGAAUAAAUAGUAGACAAAUAUCAGAUAGUUUGUAUAGCUUUCCUACCCUCAUUUAAUUCCUCCCAAAUCAACAUCAUUUCCCAUAAAAAACAACGAUCAGGCUCCCUUAAGGUCUGUUUCUUCUUACAAGGGGACUAUGCUAUUGGCAAAUGGUAUUUCAGCAGAGUACUCCUCAGUUGGCUUCUGACACUCUAAAGACUGUGUUUCGCUCUUGUGUAGGGAUUCCAUAAUCUUCGCGGUUUUCAAUAGCGGAACAAGUUUCUAUGGAGGCUUUCUGAUCUUCUCUGUGUUGGGAUUUAUGGCCAAGAAACAAGGAGUAGAUAUAGAAGACGUUGCCAAGUCAGGUGAGAAAAUGUUUCAAGGUAAACAAAGUUAAAAGGCUCCAUUGACAGUUCCAUGUCUUUCUUUCCCUCUAUAGGCCCUGGCCUUGCUUUUAUAGUUUAUCCUGAAGCAGUUGCCCAGAUGCCAUUAGCUCCACUGUGGUCCGUGUUGUUUUUCUUCACGUUGCUGUUGCUUGGUAUGGAUAGCGAGGUAAAAGACUUAACAAAGCCGGUUUUAGCUGUAUUAAAGUACAUAAAUUUUGUAACGGCUGUGUAUGUAUUUGUUUGAGGGACGCCUGUUAAAACCCCGCUAUAAUGAGACUGGGACUUAUUGAACUACUAUCUGGAAGAGGGUUUGAAAAACACCGAAAAGUUACCUGAUCGCAGAACACCUAUAAGUGGGAAGGUUCAUAAUUUUAGUCCUUACAACGAUGAUCACGUCAUUGAACUAUGAUUUUUUUUAACAAAAUCAGUCGGCCUUAUCUCCUUCAUACUUCUUUUAUUGGUCAAAUCGAGGGGACCUAAAAACCUAACAGAGCUGUUCGAAAAGAAUAGGGAAGUCUCCCCGCUGGUGUGAUCUAACUUGCACAUAUCAUUCAUAUCAUGGGCUGGGUUGGGUUACAGUGAGUUCAUAAAUUGACUGAAAGCGGUUGGUAGUGGCGCCCUUGACGUCCGAGAUUAAGACAUGUUAAUGACAUAAUGUUAAUAGGACGCGUCUGUUUUUCUCUAAUCUAUUUCAUUUCAUUUCUUUUAUUAGAAAUACCUAUUAACGUCUCACUUUUUCAGUUUGUAGCGAUAGAGGGCGUGGUGACGGCCGUGGUUGACUUGUUUCCUCGCUUCUUAAGACGCGGUUACCGCAAGGAACUCUUUACAGCUUUUGUAUGCAUAAUCUGGUUCCUUAUUGGUCUCUCCAUGGUUACUGAGGUAAGUAUUUUGACUUAUAGCGAUAGUCUCCUUUGUCAAAUAUUGACCUCUGCAGUUUUAGAACAAUGUGCAGAAGCAGGUUACCAGCAAAUCAUUGUAAAAAAAAAAUAAUAAAAAAAUUAGUAAAUUGCUUUUUUACCCACGAAGCUCUUAAGAGUUCAUAUGAACUCGUUUAAACGUGUCUGUGCGUUUCUGGUCUAAUUGGAAUUUGGAAGUGUUGGUGUUUGAGGAGAGGGAAGAUCUUAUCUACUAAAGAUCGAUCCUAUCAGCCUUCGUGUUACGAAGUCCAUCGCUAUAAAAGAGCGUUUUCACUUACAUGGCCAGCAUCUAUGCUAAUUUAGUGGGUAAACUCAUCGGUAACGUUUACAAUAUUAAAAUUUAUGCAUUAAAUUAGUCCUUGUUUUGAUUUUGUAUAGAUAUUAAAUGACCAAACAUGUUGAAUUAUUUUAUCAGGGUGGAAUGUACGUGUUCCAGUUAUUUGACGCAUACUCAGGAAGUGGUUCAGUUCUUUUAUUGGUGGUAACCUGUGAAUGUUUAGCCAUUGGAUGGGUUUAUGGUAAAGUGAAUGGCUCAAUUUAGAUAUCUGGGAAACUGCCCACCUACCCCUCCCCUAAGCUAACAUUAACACUCACUUCUCACUUAGGGCAAAAUGAUGGCUUAGGGGAGGGGUAGGUAGGCAGUUUCCCGGAAACCUAAAUUGAUCCUGUUCAACCAUCUCAGUACUAAAAUAUUUAUUUCAAAUAGAAAUCAACAAAACAGAGAGAGAAAAGGGCUGCAAAAAAUUUCCUUUUCAUCCUUGAAAAAAAUGAAAGUCUAGCAACGUUCGGUUGUGCUGGUUUUAAUCUUGAUAAAUUCAAAUGAAAAUCAUAUUUCUUUCAUUUUCUACUUGGUGAUCUGACAAAACCAUAACUAGUACAAAUCAUGUUAUUCACAAGCAAGACCUUCUAGACAGGUUUCUUUUCUCAGUUUUUGUACGAAGAGGAAUGGUCAGCAUUACGGAGCGACUGUUCGAACCAGGACACUUGGAAGAAGAUUAUCCAAUCACAGUGUUUUAUUGAAAACAAACGAUUCUCACGGUUUUUUUGCUAACGAACCAAAAACAUAAAUUUCAAGCCUGUUUCCUGCGACGUCAGGUAUUUUCAAACGAGUUGAACCUUGAAUUUUACUGGUCCUUUUGCAAAAAAAAAAAAAACUUGAGAAUCUUUCUUUUGUUUCAAAAAGCAUUGUGAUUGGGUAAUUUUCAUCUAAUUGCCCCGGUUCGAGUUGUCACACUGUAAAUAUAUACCGUGUGCCUGUAUGGGUAGUAGGGAAGGUAAUAUUGUAUUGAAAAAUUUCACAAGGAAAACUCAUCACCCAAGGAAAAACCCAUCCAAGCAACUUAGUACAUCACGGCCUAGUUUAAGUUCUCCCCAGAGUCAAAUACUUAAUCACUCUCGUUUAUCCCAUUUUUUAAUGAAUACUGUUGCUUUAAUGCUUUUUACUUGAAGUUUCAUUACUUUAACCGGAUUUAACGGAAACUGGCAUGAACCAGCCCCUGAAAGUUGAAUGAAUGAUAUUCAUCAUUGUGUUUUUUUUAAUUCUUUUAAUUAACAGGCCGACGCCGUUUCUAUGACAACUUUGAAAGCAUGCUUGGAUUUCGUAUCAAUCCCUGGAUUGGCUGGUGUUGGUGUUUUCUUGCACCGAUAUUUUGCAUGGUAAGAGUGCCAUCGCCAUUCAGAAUUAAACGUAUGCCGUGUGCCUGUAUAAACAUAACACCCAACUAUUUAACUUCCCAAUGGAGAAGACGGGCUACGUAUUUUACGACACUCUUCGCAAAGCAAGCUUAUCAGUUGCCUGGAAACCAACAAUGCGAUGACGUCAAGGCGAAUACCAACCAAACUCGAUAGAGUUUUAGCAAAGAGAUUCACAGGCGGUGCACCUACGAGCUUCGCGCUUGACCAGAUUAGAGGCUUCGCGCCUCGCUCCCCUCAUUAUUGUUAUUAUUAUUAUUAUUAUCACUAUAAAAAGGUCGCCACUUUAUUCUACCAUUUUUUAUACUUAGCAAUAGUGGGGAUUUUUCGUGAUGAUGAGGAAAACAUUGUUGGUUCUUUUGUGUGUUUUGGCAUGGUUAUUGUUCAGAGUCUUUCAGUCUUUUGCAUUCUGAGCUCAUUUGAUGAUCGCAUGCAGGUCCGCAAUACCAAGAAACAAACCAAAAUGGCCCUAAUCAUUCCAAAAUCGGAGAAAAUACUGAUUUAAAUCGAUCUCGAGUGGAAAUAUCAAUAAAACUGAAAAAAUAAUUUAUUUAAUCAGUAUAAUUAAGAGAAGAGUGUUGCGUAGUUGAGAAUAAAGACUAUCUGUGCUCAAUUUCUUUUUUAUUACCUCGUAGUUCAUCUUCCUCUUCAACCUUGUGACCUAUUCUCCACUUUCGUACGGAAGCUACAAAUAUCCAGGCUGGGGACAGGCGAUUGGAUGGAUUCUCACUGCGUCUUCGUUGUCUUUAAUUCCAGCUGUCCUCAUAUACAAACUCCUGAAUACCACUGGAACUAUCAGGGAGGUAACAACAAACAAACUAAACUUAAUCAAAGAUAUU